AUGCUGCGAGAAAGAGUUUCCAAAACUUGCACCAAGUGCAAGUCACGGAAAGUGCGUUGCAUAAGGUCCAGAGAAUCGAAUUCAAAAUGUGUGAACUGCUUGAAACGAGGAGAUGACUGCGAUUUUAGGCUAUCCAAGAGGAAAUUCCUGGAUUCUGAAAGCCCUCCCGCCUCUAGAAGCCUCAGUCAUGAGCGCGUGGAGCCGAACGAGCAUUCUCAGUCUGUAUUAAGCUUAGAUGAGCCAUCCGCAGUGUCUUAUAAUGGCACUGGAUAUGAGAAUCCUGAUCAGUAUUCCCUCUAUGUAGAUGAAUUGAUCGAGGAUCACCGGGCUACUGGGAGGACUCACCAUUUACAUCCAUUCUUCAAGGCCCAUGAAUGCUAUAUCGGCAGUGCAAGUGUAGGAUAUUUUUCUGAAAGUCGAAUACAGGCACUAGCGAAUCGACUCGGUCAUAAUGGCGUUGAAACACUUCUAGAAAGAAUUUUCCUGGUUGUGGAGGGCCGGUAUGAACGCCAUAGCCAAGACCGGCCAGGGCCUGGGACCGGUCAACUAUGGGAAAAACCUGGAGGUUCCCCCGUAAUCUCUGAGACUACGAAAAGGCUCUAUCUAGACUCAUACUUUAGUCAAAUACACCCGGUCUAUCCUUUUCUAGACCGACGGGUCUUUGAGGAAAGGGCUUUGAGCACCAAUCUCCCAUCUGCUCUCCUAGCAGAUACUUCAUGGUCUGCUUUGUACCACGCUGUCAUCGCCUUGGGCUGUCAGUAUCAUGACGGUGGUGCCUUCGAACCCGGAAAAGGCGAGUCUGCAAAGUUCUUCCAAGUAGCUUUAGGCUCCUUCCCAGAAAUUGUCGUUGGCCCAAAGACACUAGAGAGUAUCCAGGCAAUCACCGCGAUGGCCAUCCUUUCUCUCAACUUUUCUUACAUGCACAUAGAUGGACUGCUUAUUACAGAGGCUGCUCGAAUAGCACAGCGCAUGCGAUUAAACUCCGCUUCAAAUUACGCGGACCAAAAUACCCGAUAUCGAGUCUUCUGGGUCAUUUAUACUUUGGAGAAAGCAUUUUCUUUCAACCAAGGCUCGAGCUCGGUUAUCAUGGACUCGGACAUAGGCUGCCCGAUCCCCACCGUUCCCGAGUCCAUUUUUGGCGACUUCAACUGGCUGCUAGCAUCCGUUGGUCUUGCCCGCCUUCUUUCGAGGGCAUAUCAAACACUAUUCUCUAUUACCGCAACCUGGAACACAGAAGCUUCGUACUAUGCGAAAAUAGAUAAUAUGAACGAUCUUCUCGAACGUUGGCGACAGUCAAUACCACUUGUUUUCCGGCCUGGGGAACCAUUCCGAGCCCAAUCGUUCCAUAGUUCCUGUGAGACAUAUAUUGCUCUGCGGACACAUUUCUUUUACUAUGACGCACGUAUUGCACUUUGUCGGUUGACCCUACACCUAGGCAGAAAUGAUGACGGUCCACGCCAAGUCAGCUGUAAAAAGGUGAUAAUGCAAACAUCACGGUCGAUCAUUGAGCUACUGCGCUAUAUUGACAUGGAGCCUUACACACCAGUUUUCAUUCUUGCCCAUUUACCUCUGUCGGCGCUUUUUAUUCUCUUCGACCUUGUCAUCCAUAAUCCAACGCAUAAUGAGACGUCCAGCAACCUUGCUUUAUUAGAGGUUGUAGGAGGGCACUUUAGUCGGCUUGAAUACUCAACUGGCGGCUCAGUACCAAGUUCAAUACUGUCUGAGUUUGCUUACAUUGCUCGAACCUUUGUCCGGAAUUAUCGGUCUGGACAGCAUAGACAAAACACCGUUCCAGAUUCGAUGGGCAGCAUGGUCAGUAAUGACACCUUGCAAAAUCAUCAAAACAUCCUGAACACAAAUAUUCCCAUGCUACAGAAUCAGGUUUCUGGGCAGCCGCCCAUCAUAGCGGCUCAGGAUCAUACUUCUCUAUUCCUUCCUACAUUUGACACCAUGCCUACCGACGAUGGGAGCUUUACUGGAUUCAACGUUACCGAUCUGUUCGGGGGCGUCGUUCCUUCCAAUCAGGAUUUCUUCUUUGAGCCUGCUUAA